AUGACUAAGAAGCUCAUCACGAUCCUCGGCAUCACCGGGACGCAGGGUGGCUCUGUCGCCGGCCGAUUCCUUUCCCAUGCCGAAUGGCGGGUACGCGGGCUAACGCGCAAUCCUGGUUCCGCCAAGGCCAAGGUGUGGUUGAGCAGGGGGUUUGAAAUCGUCAGAGGCGACCACGACGACUUGGAAGCACUUAAGGCCGCCUUCCAAGGUGCUCACGCCAUUUUCGCCGUCACCGAUUGGGCCGCCUGCUACUCCCGGAUUAUGGCGGACAAGGUCCUGCAGGAGAAGGCAAAAACGGCAGGAAUGUCAAUUGAAGAAUAUGCGGGACAUCUUGAAAGGAUGCAGGGUAUCAAUAUAGCGAAGGCAACGAAUGACCCGAGGGUACUCGCGACGCUUGAAAGAUUCGUCUUCUCUACAUUGGCCGCGGUGCAGCGGAUCAGCGGCUGCAAGAACAAGCAUGCAUACGAGUUUGAUUCCAAGGCCAGCGCAGAGCAAUAA